AUGGCGGGCGACGGCGAAGCCGCGAGACAGACCCGCGACAUGGAGGACCUGAUACAAAGACUCCAACGCUGGUCGCCUUUCGCCCGAUCAUCAACACGCAUAACAACCAUCGACACGCAAACAGCACCCGCCGGGACAGACAAGGAAGAAAAACCGGCAGACACAGCAGCCGCCAGCACACAGACAAGACCCAUCUGCGUCCGCGAAGCCGGCACGCAGACGAGCACGCACACAGAGAAGCAACAACAAACGCACACGCACCGAGACACCGUGCGCUACACAGAAAUAGGUACAAUCUCGUUGCCAGAAUUCGCCGAUUUUAAAUGGCCAGAGCCGACAGAGGAGAAGAAAAAAGAAAUGCAACGGGACAAACAGCUUACAAAAAGGAACAAAGCCGAGGAGGAACGCCGAAAAGCAACCGAGCAGGCGCGCCAACAAGAAGCGGCCGAAAAAGAAGAGAGGCAACGCAGGGAAAAAGCUCGUGCCAGAGCAGUGCCAGCCGAGAUCCAACUCGCGUGGCGAGCACAUUCCUUCCGCACAAACCACUCAAUCGAAAUAGCGCGGAAGAAGCUCAAACUAAAACAGCUGUGCCAGGACGCAACGAAAAUGGCAGUGCCAGAAAGAUCGCGGCCGGAACUACUGCAACACCAAGCCGAGGUAAUAGCAAAGCAAAUAACAGAAGAAACCGAACAUAACACAACACAGCAACACAGCACAGCGCAGCAGCACAGCGCAGUACAGCAGCAUAACAGCACAGCGCAGCACAACAGCACAGCACAGCACAAUAACACAGCGCAGCACAACAGCACAGCGCAGCACAACAGCACAGCGCAGCACAGUAGUACAGUACAACACGACAGCACAUCAACACAACACAACGCAGCAACCGUCGCAGCACAGCGGAACAAUACAACAACAUCAGCACAGCAAUACCCGCAACAACGAACGGUGAGCGAGGUAUUGCCACGCCCACGACCGACACCAAGCACAGUAACCAAAAGAGGAUCACCCGACCAAACGAACGAGCACCGCAGUGGAAAUCCGAGAAGGAUGUUCUACAAAAACAAAUACGACGUCCCCGGAAUGGAGAAUCUGCGGAACUUACUAACCAAGAAAUUGGUAAGCAAACAGUGGCACCCGCAGAAUGAAGAUCAACGGGAGCUGCUAAGUAGAGCACACCGUGAAGAAUAUGAAAGAAGAAUGCUACGCGCACAGAAAAACAGCAAAUAA